AUGCCGCCUUUCAAAGCUCGGGACCGCAAACAAAGGCAUAGGCGGCAAGAUGGAAAGGCUACCAGCGCUCCGGUUGACACCAAUGUCACCGAAAUCGUUCCUGUUUCCAAGGCGGAGAAAGAGGCGAAGCGGCAGCAGCUGAGGGAACAGCUCAGGGAGCAACAGCCAAAGAUGUCUGCCAAAAAGAGGAAGCGUCUUGAUAAAUAUAUUGAAACGAAAUUAAGGAAGGAGGAGAAUCUAGAGUUGAUGAAAAAGCUCGCGGAAACAAAGCUUGACCUGACCGAAUUUCGGAGUAUCAAGGAUAUGAGCAAGAGGGAGAAGAAACAACAUGGCGGCACAGAUAGUACACUCCAAUCUCUAGACGCUGGGUUGUCAGGAGAUGAAUCGGACGAAUUAGAGACCGGAUUACGGGAGAGGAAUGCUACGGCUCCUGAUGUGAAAAAACCCGCGGCUCAAAUCCAGGUUGGAAGCGGUCUGAAACGGCCACUUGAUUUGGGAUCGGAUGGCUUUCCAAUCCUCAAAAAAAGAAAGAAGACGCGGAAGCCGAAGUCAGUCGUGCAGGAUCUUCCUUGGGAAGGCUUCGAUUCGGGAGAAGAUGAGGAUGCCAGUGACGGUGAAAAGGAAAGCGGAACUCUACUUCACGACGCCAGUAACGACGAUGACUCUGAUGACAGUAAUUUGGAAGGUCAGGCUGAAAACGAAAAUGAUGCAUUGCAAGACGAGGACAGCCAAGAAACGAGCGAUACGGACGAUGACGAUGACGAUGACGAUGACGAUGAGGAAAGCGAUGAUGAUGAUGAAACUAAAUUGGAUAUCCGUCCGAGGAACUCCGCCUUCAAAGCUUGGGCUACACAACAAAUCAAUGAAGCUAUUGGAUUCAAGCCCAGCUCGGAUCAACCUCUCUCAGAGCAAAUUUCCGCCUCUACUGAGUUCCUUGAGAAACGGGGCAAAGCCUCCAGGUAUACAAUCUAUGAGGAAGAGCCAGUGCCUCAGGAACUUCAACCUACCACUGGAGAUCCAGAUCGUAAGGCAUUUACCGUGAAUGUCAACCGAUCAGAGGAGGUCCAGGAAGCCCGCUUGAAGCUCCCCGUUGUAGGUGAAGAGCAGAAAAUCAUGGAAGCUAUCUAUAACAAUCCGUCUAUUGUUAUCUGGGGAGCCACAGGAAGUGGUAAAACAACACAGCUACCGCAAUUCCUUUUUGAAGCGGGCUAUGGUCACCCAGACGGUCCGAACCCCGGCAUGAUAGCUGUCACUCAACCCCGUCGUGUCGCAGCAGUCAGCAUGUCGAAACGUGUGGGAGAUGAACUUGGCGAGUACUCAGACCGCGUCUCUUACCAGAUUCGAUUCGAUACGAAUGUUUCCAGUAAUACUGCUGUUAAAUUCAUGACCGAUGGUAUCUUACUUCGGGAAAUCGCAAAGGACUUUUCUUUGAGCAAAUAUUCCAUUGUCAUCAUUGAUGAAGCUCACGAAAGGAGUGUCAACACAGACAUAUUGAUUGGCAUGGUCAGUCGUAUUGUCGAUCUCAGAGAAUCUAUGCGCAAGGAAGACCCUUCGGUUAAGCCGCUUAAACUAGUCAUCAUGUCGGCGACGCUGCGAAUAUCUGAUUUCACGCAAAACCAGCAUCUUUUCCGCCAUGGGACCCCGCCAUUGGUUCAAGCCGAAGGCCGACAAUAUCCUGUCACUAUACACUUUGCGCGGAGAACUCGCCGAGACUAUGUAGAGGAAGCAUACCGCAAGGUCUCAAGGGGCCAUCGCAAACUUCCCCCGGGUGCUAUGCUUGUCUUUCUCACAGGUCAGAAUGAGAUUAAACAACUCUCCAAACGACUGAAGCAAGCCUUUAAGCCUACUCAACGCGGCGAGACUGUCCAAGGCAAGCUCCAACUCUCAGCUGCAGACGCGCCGCUUGAGACAGAGGAUAUUGAACUAGGCGUCACAACGACUGGGCCACAGGGAGGAGAUGACGAUAGCGAUGUCGAUAUCGUCGGGCUAGAUGAUGACGAAGAUGAUGAAGAGGACGCCGAUUUCGACAUCGGUGAGGAGAGUGUAUCCUCUUCCACUAAAGUCCAUGUGCUUCCUUUGUACUCCCAACUACCCACCAAGGAACAGCUAAAAGUUUUCGAACCACCUCCGGAAGGUUCGCGGCUCAUUGUCUUGGCAACAAAUGUCGCUGAGACCAGUUUGACGAUUCCAGGUAUCAAGUAUGUCUUCGACUGCGGGCGGUCGAAAGAAAAACAGUACGAUCUCAGUACUGGGGUUCAGACAUUCCAAAUUGGCUGGAUCAGCAAAGCCAGUGCCAGUCAAAGAGCCGGUCGUGCGGGACGUACAGGCCCUGGCCACUGUUAUAGAUUAUACUCAAGUGCAAUAUACGAGGGGGACUUUGCGGAAUACACUGAGCCGGAAAUACUGCGUACACCUAUUGAAGGCGUAGUGCUGCAGAUGAAGAGCAUGGGCUUACAUAACGUGAUCAACUUUCCUUUCCCAACCCCGCCGAGUCGUCAGGGAUUGGCCAAAGCAGAGAAAUUGCUGAGGUACCUAGGAGCACUGAAAGCCGAUGGGCAAGUGACGGAGAUCGGAAAGAAGUUGUCACUGUAUCCCUUGUCGCCCAGAUAUGGCAAAAUGUUACAGAUUGGCCAUCAACAUGGCUGCAUGCCUUACGUGAUAGCCCUUGUGUCGGCAUUGGCAGUUGGCGACCUUUUUGUCCAAGAAAGUGAAGUCGACAUGACAGUAUCAAGACACAGUACGGAUAUGGAGAAGGUAUACACAAACGCAGACAGGCUGGAAGAUACACAGCGCGAAAGUCGUCGUAAAGAUUUCAACCGAGCACAGCGUCUGCUCAGCAAACACGAUGAUACUUCAGAUGCAUUGAAGUACCUAUCGGCCAUUUGCGCAUACGCCUACUCGAGCGGCUCUUCCGAUGAGGAAGAAUCUUUUUGCGAGCAGAUGUUUUUGCGCAGCAAGGGCCUCAAAGAAGCAUCCCAGCUUCGGGGUCAACUCACGGACAUUGUCCGCGCCAAUAACCCUGGACUCCUUGGACCGUAUCAGCCGCGUCUUCCCGAACCGACAGCGAAGCAGGUGAAGGCUCUCAAGCAGAUUGUCACGGCUGGGUUUAUUGAUAACGUUGCCAUUCGCGCUGACGCAUGUCCUGAGCCUCCGGAAAUGGAUCGCAAGCCACGACGAGCCAUCGAUGUACCUUACUACACCUUGUUCCGUUCACAAGAAGGCCGUGCAGUCGAACUAUCCGAAAAAGCGGUAUAUAUACAUCCAUCGUCGAUUCUCACGCAGUUGACACCCAAAGAAAUGCCCCAGUAUAUAGUGUAUUCGCACCUGCAACGAUCAACGGCUUCUCGUGUGCCUGCAGCAGACGGCAGUGCUCCCAAAGUGCGGAUGUUUCCUUUAUCUGCACCAAGCGGUCUACAACUGUCGGCCCUUGCGAACGGCACCCCUCUGAUUGAGUACGGGAAGCCAAUUGGCAAGGUUGAAUCAUUGGGCGGAAAACCGGAACGUCGCCAAUGUUUCGUUGUGCCUUCUCUAGUCGGCGAACCUGGAAGUACGGGAUGGCCACUGCCAGCAAAGAAGGUUGUUCAGGUCAAGGAUCCCAAAGAAGGCUGGAUCGUCGAGAAGUUUCUUUCCUAA